GACCGUAGAUGCUUCCAAAAAUGGCGGAGGUUUCUGUCAGUGUGGAGUGAAACUUUGCUAUUUUUAGUCGAAUUUCCUCUGUUCUGUAAUAUAUUCUGCGAACUGCUGUCGUCUGUUUAAUACAGUAAGUAUUACCGGGAUACGGAGACGUUUGACGGUCAUCGUCAGGGCCGAGCGGCGCCAUUCUGAGCUCCGUUUUUGAUCGCCAAAUCGUUGGGCUUCCCUCGAAGUUGACGGUGGCUGAGUGCCUGACAUUGCGAUCAUACCGACUGCUGUUGUCAUCAGAUAGCUCAACGCGGAACCGUCAGGUCGGAGAUCCUGAGGACGUGUCACGUCACCUGUCAGUGGAAAUAAAUAGGUGGUGUUGGAUGUCACCACCGCUCAGUGUCGCACUGAAUUUGGUUUGCUAGCACCGUCCAUCCUGGCAAAUCAAAUGGAGAAGCUCCAGGACCUCAGCCAAUCGGAGCUGCAGGAGCUGCUGGACAACCCGGAGAGGGUGGAGUCUAUGGCUCUGGAGUCUGACGAGAUCCAGAACAUCCAGCUGGAGAGAGAGAUGGCAUUGGCGUCAAAUCGCAGCCUGGCUGAACAAAACCUGGACAUGAAACCUCGUUUGGAGACACAGAAGGAGGUGCUGGUCGAGAGAUAUUCUCAGCUAGAAGCUGUCAGAGAAACCUACAGACAACAUUGCUCCCUGAGAGAUGGGAUGGUGGGUCAAGUGUCUCCAGAGGCGUUGUUCUCAAGACUACAGACAGAGGGCGGCAAAACAGAGGCAGAGUCAGAGGCUCUAGCUGAUGAGUUUCUGGAGGGGUGUCUGCCGUUAGACUCCUUCCUCGACCGUUUUCUCUCCCUGCGCUCUCUCGCUCACAAAAGACGUGUGCGAAUAGAGAAACUCCAGGAGAUUCUACGACAGAGAAGUGAGGGCAAUCCCACUGCCAUGACGUCAUCAGCAGGCAUCAGCCAGGACCCUGCCACCACGCCCUCGCCAUGGAAUCAACACACGACAACGGCAUCGACAACAAAUCAGCAGCAGCCGAACUCCAAACCUCAGUCCACCAACUACCAAAACGCCUCUCAGUCAGCCUCCUCGUCUGCAGGGGGCGCCUCUGGGCUCCCCUACAGCCCAUACCCUGUCUCCCCACCGAACCCUGCCCCUGCGGUGGCAGCAGCAGGCUCAGUCCCAGCUAACCCCCCAUCACAGUUCACUCCUUACCCAGGUUCAGGCUCCUCCUUCACCCCAACAGGGAGCUACUCUGGCCCAAGGCCUGCUUUUGGGCCUCCAGCUUCAGCUGCCUGUCCUUACCCAACUCAGCCCUCGUUUCCUGCCCCACACGUCGGCUCAGCAUUUGGCCAGUACACCCCCAACCACCCCCAGAGCGGCCCUGCUCCUUACCCAGCCUCCUACAGCUACGGGGGUUACAGCUACCCAGCGGGGCCCAACUAUUCCAAUUCUCAGUCGCCAACGGGGAGACCCAUCUACAGACCAGGAUACGGAGUUCCACAGCAGUACUCCUGAAAGCACUAAUGCUCCUCUCUCUCUCAGUUCUUCUGAAUUCUUCCCCUCUUUGCUGUUUCACCCUUUUCGCUUCCCUCCCUCAACUCCACUCUCCCUGUCCUGACUCCAUACCCCGCUCCCCUACCGUGACUCUUCCUUUCUCCUAUGCUCCCCCACUCAAGAGGUCUCUUGCUUUACUUAUCUUUGUUGCACUAUUUCUCUCUUUCUCUAGCAGUCUGUCUCUCUGUCUUUCUCUCUUUCCUUUUUCCUUCCACUGUCACCCCUUCAACCCACUAACUCGCCCUCACUAGUCUCAGGUUGUUGCGUUGUGUUUAAGUGUACAACACUUUAUCUGGCCCUUCAUGUACUCACUCUUACCUCUGUCCAUUUUUCCCCUCCUUCUUCCUCUUCCAUUUCCAGUGUGUGUAUUGCUAUUUGGCAAUCAGAAAGUCCUUAUAAACACACAAGUGCACUCCCCUUUAUGACAAACACAUGACAAAAAUCGGUCUUUGUAACACUACAUCAGUUUUAAAUAGCUGUCUGACUGAGUCUGUCUGGUGCACAUUGUUUUUCAUCAACACUGUCUGCACUGAGAAAAUGGCCCCUUUUGGAAGGUUUUUUUUUUUUUGACUCAUGGAUUUAAAUAAUUGUAUUUAAAAUGGAAAAGCGAAUGGCUGGCACAAAGUACAACUCUCAUGUUAAGUUAAUAUAAUGUGCACGAUUUUGUGGGAUCCAUAGUCCCAGCUGUAGCUGCCUGGUUUAUCAGCUCUUCCAGUGGCAGGUCUUUAUGCACAAUAACCUGUGGGCAACGGGCUGAAAUGCCACCAGUAAAUCCAGAAUCUCAGAGUCACACUUUGUUUUCUUUAACCUAAGAACCUUCUGUUUGCUUUGCUUUGUUCCUUUCCUCUGAUUUAACGUUGACAGGAAGUUGGCUGCAGCUUUGUGUCAGCAUCACUGUUACCCUUUCCAUCACUGUCAAGGCCCAGUAUCACCAGAAGCUGGUGCAGUGGAGUAUGCCGUUCCCAUUGCAUUUUGAUCCUCCUAAUUUUAUGUUUAUAGUUUUCACAUUAAAAAAAACGGAGUGGAAAUGCCAAAAAAUUAGAAAAAUCUUGAAAUAUCAUAAAAGACAUGUUUAGACUUUGCUGAGGAAACUUUCAUAAAAGCAAUAUAUGACACAGUGCAAUAGAAACAGAUGUAAACACUCCUAACAUUCAGUAAAAUGGACAGCAGUGGAUGGAAACAGGAAUUUACUUGGAUUUUUUUUUGCAAAUUUUUCUCAAAAUUCAGAUUUUUUUUUUGCAAAUUUUCUCAAAAUUCAGAUAUAAAUUUCAAACCUCAUUUGGACGGACGUCUAGCUUUUUACUGGGCUUGUUGGGGAAGUACUGGAGCUGAAGAGCUACCUGAUAACACACUAGCCAGGAAAUCACAGUUCUGAGCUAAGUUUCUUUUCUAAUUUCUCUGAUUUACGCCACCUGUUAAUUUGUUCUCAGGAUUGUUCAUCAUUUAAUAAAGAGUUACUGAUGAGGGAAACGCAUUAAAGGGUUGUUAACUAACAGGACUGUGUCAUAGCUGCACACUGUUCCUCUGUUGUAGAGUAGGUGACACAUGAGGCAGGACAAGUGGAUGAUAGCAUACAGCUAACAAAGCUGUAGGCCCUUGCUUGAUUUAAGACUCUGUUCACGUUAAAGUCAGCACUGGGUUCAGGGUGGAUCAGAGUUCUCCAAAGUUGAACUUGCUGUCGGUAGUGCUGUGACACUUGGCCUUGACACUGUUUGUUGUUAAACAGCUCAUAUUAAUAAUAGCACAGUGCCAGUCACAGGGUUGGAAAUGAUCUAAAGGCUACUAUAAACAACACUUUCUAGGUUCCCCUGUGUUUCCCACGGUGCCUGUCUGCCUAAGUUCAAGUCACAAAAAUAAGCCACUGUUUUGCUUCUAAAUAAAUGUUAAGUGAAAGUUUCAAACAGCAGCAUUAAAUAUUUUCUUUGGCCACUUGGGGGACAGCCAAACAAAAUGUGGAGGCGUGUGAUGACACAUAAAAACGAUAAAGUAAUUGUGUCUGUAAAGUUGUGUUUUCCGUAUCUAGCAGACACAGAUGAUUCAUGUUGAGUGUUUUUUUUAUUUAUCCAUCUUCCCAUUUUAGGUCCAGUACUCACUGUCUUUGCUCUGGUUUUGCAUCCAUUAGCUCCUGUGGGCAGGAUGUAGCAGAACUUUUUCACUGAUAACAAAUGCUGUUUUCUUAAAACACUGUCAUGCUGAGAGGAACAGCAGAGUUUGGCAGUGAUUUUUUUGUGGGUUCAACAGAGCAAGCAACACCUUUUACAUUACUAAUAGUUACCUGAUGCUCUAAACAUAGAGACUGGUGCAGCUUUAAGAAAUGGACGGGUCAUGAACAAACCUUUCUGUCUUGUGUGUAGUUAACUGAAGUUGUGAUACCUACCACAAGGUGUGUCUCUGUUACUUCACCAAGAUACAUUUUUUGCAGAAUUUGUUGCUGUCAAAAGCAGGUUGUUUGCUAGAACAUACAUUAUGCAACUUAAUGUAUGUUAGACACAUUGGAUUAGUUAAACAAAUGUCACCAGAUCAGGACUAAAGCGCUUCACCUUCAGAUUCUUGGGCUGUCGGCUGUUUUGGGAACCAAACGAGAUUGAGCCAUUCCCAGUGCUUAGAGCAGAAUAAAGUAGUUUUAAGUUGGUUAGAGGUGUUAGAAAUGAAACGUAGAGGGUCUAAUGAGGAUUUAGGGGACGUUAGGAGCAAUCUAUUUCUAUGGUAACACCCUAACUUUAGACACCAACGCCUCCUCAAAAACCUUUGUUGUUGACACACUAAGCUGAAUCAACAAACUUUUUAGUUCACAAUUUGUCUGCAUUCUUCACACCAACGACGUCAUCCCCCCUCCCCAGAGACUCAUCCCUUCAUCCUCCUUCCCUCCCUCCUCUCCACACCUCUCCUUCUCUCCAUAUCUGCUCGUUGAACAUGAACUGAUGCUUGACAGUGACGAUCCCAGAGGAAAAUAGUUUGAUUUCCCUCACGUUCACACUAUGAGUGAGAAUAAAUGUGGCAUGUGUAGUUUAUUGAAGUGAAAAAUAUAAAGGUUGGCGAUCAGUUUUGUGUCGAUUGAAUCAAUUCAAAUAAAACUGCAGUUGCAGUGAUGUGGGAUCAAUAAACUAUCCUCUCUCUAAA